AUGGCAUCCACCACCCUCUUGCUUGUCGCUUUGGGAUUCGGUGCGUGCUUUGACAACAGGCUCAGGUUGUGGUGGACGACCAGGUCCUGGCAUAUCGUAGCACUUCUGGCAUUGGCCGCACUCCUUCAUGUCUGUGCACAUGAAAAAAGUGCAGGCUCCCUCAACAUGCUUUGGGAAGAUCUCGUUCUUGUGCGUCUAGUAUGGCAUGAGUGGACGUCACCGAAUAGGAGGAGAACCCUCACUUGGACACAAUCUUUCCAAUACGGGUCGCAAACGCCGUCGCAACGCCGCUUCGAGUCGUCUCCAGGGGCAGCUGCCGUCUCUGGAACAGCGAAAGCCGCUGCGAGGGCUGGGAGAAAGAGGGUGAUUGGACGAAGGAUCUUCAUCUUGACGAUUGUUCUCUAUCGUAGAUGUCGCUUUGGAGGAUUGUAAGAGGAGAAAGGUGUCGAAGGGAUAACGAGAGGGUGGCGGGUAAGAAGUCUCCUCGACAAGCUUUCAAGGUGAUGGUAGACUGAGU